CCUCUAUCCAGUCCUCUUCUCAGUUUCCAAUUUCCUCUUCCCAUCUCCUCCUUUUCUUAUCGUCGUCUUCUUCUCAAAAAGGAAGUUUAGGGAAGCAAGAAAGGAGCAGAUCCCUCCCGUUUAUAGUCACCUUACCGGCGUUCCGAUCCCUAUAAAACCAAGUUCACGCACAUCCAAUGCAACCUUCUCUUUCCUCUUUCUUCCUCCUCCUCCUCCUCCGCGGCGCCCUCCCUGAACCACGGCCGACUGAGUCCUAACUCUAACCAUACUGUCUGUGGCACGGAACCCUGAUCCGUAGGGGAUCGAUGCUCUCCUUAUCCUCGGCAAACCUUCUUGAGCUGGCCGCCGGCGAGGAUUCCGACUUUGCUGCCUCCCCCCGCCGCUUUCCUCUGCUGCCUUGUCUCAUGGAUGACGCCGCUUCUAUCGGCACGGACGACGACGCUCCCGCCUCACCGACGCAGCGGGAGCGGCGGAUCGUUGUCACCCACCGCCUUCCACUUCGUACAGCACCCGACCCCUCCGCGCCGGUUGGCCUAGCCUUCUCUUGGGAUCCCGAUGCUCUCGCGCUCCAGCUUCGCGCCGGCUUUCCGUCCUCUUCCGAGGUCGUUCACGUUGGCACCUUGGCCGUCUCCAUCGACAGAGCCCACCAUGCUUCCGUUUCUCGUAUUCUAUACGAACGUUUCAGGUGCCUCCCUGUCUUCAUUCCUGCCGAUCUCCACCACCGCUUCUACCAUGAUUUCUGCAAGCACUACCUCUGGCCCCUUCUCCACUACCUCCUGCCCCUCUCACCGUCUUCCUUAGGUGGUUUGCCAUUUGAUCGUUCCCUUUGGCUCUCCUACCUCUCCGCCAACAAGCUUUUUGCUGACCGUCUCAUUGAGCUUCUAAACCCCGAUGAUGAUCUCGUGUGGAUCCACGACUACCACUUGCUUGCUCUUCCGACCUUCCUUCGAAGGCGCUCCCCGCGUGUAAAGUUGGGUUUUUUCCUCCAUUCUCCCUUCCCUUCGUCUGAGAUAUUCCGUACCAUUCCCGUUCGCGACGAACUGCUUCGCGCCCUCCUGAAUGCUGAUCUUGUUGGCUUCCACACCUUCGACUAUGCUCGCCACUUCCUAACCUCUUGCUCCCGGUUACUUGGCUUGGAUUAUCAGUCCAAAAGAGGAUAUAUUGGUAUUGAGUACUACGGGAGGACAGUCACUGUCAAAAUUCUCCCUGUUGGGAUUGACAUGGGGCAGCUCGAAUUGGUGAUGUCUUCUAAAGAGACUAUUGCCAAAGUCCUCGAGCUCAUAGCAACAUAUAGCGAUAAGAUCUUGAUGUUGGGAGUUGACGAUGUUGAUCUCUUCAAAGGUAUCGGAAUGAAGUUGCUUGCAGUGGAGCAACUAUUGGAGGAGCAUCCGCAGUUGAGAGGGCGCGCAGUGUUGGUCCAGAUUAAUAACCCACCAAGGAGUGAAGGAAAGGAUGUGCAGGAGGUUCAGGAUGAAAUAGGGUCAAUCUCUAAAAGAAUUAAUGAACGUUUUGGAAGACCUGGAUACCAGCCCAUUGUGUUGAUCAAUCGCACUGUACCAACCUAUGAAAAGGCUGCUUUUUAUGCAGUAGCCGAAUGUUGUGUGGUGAAUCCAGUAAGGGACGGCAUGAAUUUGGUUCCAUACGAAUACACAGUCUACAGACAGCUGAGUUCAGCAUUAGCAGAUGCUCCAAAGAAAAGUAUGAUAAUUGUUUCAGAGUUCAUUGGGUGCUCUCCAUCUCUUAGUGGUGCUAUUCGAGUUAAUCCAUGGAAUGUGAAUGCUGUGGCAGAGGCAAUAAAUUCAGCCAUCACAAUGUCAGACACUGAGAAACAAUUACGGCACGAAAAGCAUUACAAGUAUGUUAGUUCUCAUGACGUUCCAUAUUGGGCAAGGUCGUUUGAUCAGGACUUGCAACGUGCUUGUAGAGAGCAUUUCAAUAGGAGGUGUUGGGGGAUUGGGUUUGGAAUGAGCUUCAGAGUUGUUGCUCUUGGCCCUACCUUUAGGAAACUAUCUGUUGAGCAUAUUGUUGGCUCGUAUCAAAAGACAAACAGUAGGCUCAUCUUACUUGAUUAUGAUGGAACAAUGAUACCACAGUCAUCUAUUGAUAAGAAGCCAAGCUAUGAAGUUAUUUCCAUAAUAAAUAGAUUAUGCACUGACCCUAAGAAUGUUGUUUUCUUGGUCAGUGGUAGAGGGAAAGAUGAGUUGAGCAAAUGGUUUGCCCCCUGUGAGAAAUUGGGGAUCUCUGCAGAGCAUGGAUAUUUCACCAGGUGGAAGAGGGAUGCACCAUGGGAAUCUUGCAUGUUAGCUGCAGACUUUAAUUGGAAGAAAAUGGCAGAACCUGUCAUGAGACUUUACAUGGAGGCUACGGAUGGAUCUGCCAUAGAACAUAAAGAAAGUGGGCUAGUGUGGCAUCAUCAAGAAGCAGAUCCUGAUUUUGGGUCAUGCCAAGCAAAGGAGCUCCUUGAUCAUCUUGAGAAUGUGCUUGCCAAUGAACCCGUAGUUGUGAAAAGGGGCCAACAUAUUGUAGAAGUGAACCCACAGGGUAUAGGCAAAGGUAUAGUGGUGGAAAAUCUCAUGGCAACCGUGUCAAGCACUGGAAAGGCACUGGAUUUUCUUCUAUGCAUUGGGGAUGACCGGUCAGAUGAAGACAUGUUUGAGAGCAUUAGCAGUUACAUAAAUGAUCCAUCGGUCCUCGCAAUUAGAGAAGUCUUUGCAUGCACAGUUGGUCAAAAACCAAGCAAGGCUAAGUAUUAUCUCGAUGAUACAGUAGAGGUUAUAAAAUUGCUUCAAGGUCUUGGCAAUGCAUCAUGUGUGCAACCGCCCACAUCUGAACAGCUUCCAGUCGCAUUUGAAGGUUCUUUCUAAUAGCGUGUCUAGUGACUGGUCAAAUAUUUCCAAAAGAAUUCAACUUUCUUCCAGGUCGGGCUAAAUUAACCACCCAUCCGAGCUAAUGGAGAAGGCCAAGGAAUUGGAUGUGAAAAACCAGGAUCAUUUGAAUACGACUAACUUAGCCUCACAGAAACCUGUUUCUCACCAGAUCAGCAUACCCAUACCAAAAUUAAUAGCUUGUAUUCCAGAUUAUAAUCCGUGUAGACGUAAAUAUGUCAAAACUCUUUUUUUCCCCCCUUUAUUUGCUCUUCCUUUAAUUUGUAGAGGAUUACAGAAAUAUAAUUUCACAGUGUUCUUCCAAUAUAGAAGGAUUUUACGAGGUGUACAAUUUCA